UUAUGGGUACAGCAUGGGGUGAGUUGCAUAAGGUUACCAAAGGCAACAAUGAUAAUGGAGGCUGCUUCAGCCCAUGAACCGUGGUCCAAACGCCGCCGGUAAUGCUGCGCCCUCCUCGCUGUGAUGCAGCGGAUCAGCAGCCUCGCUGCAUGCCGGGAGCUCGGCAGCCUCGCAGCAGCUUCACCCGGGGUCUGCGCCUGGAAGAAGGGCAUGACCCGCAGCAAGCAGCCGGCUGCGCACCAGCAAUUGGCGGGGAUGACUGUGCGUCCUUUUACCGGGGUACCAGGAGCACAGAGCCGGGGACUGUGCCGGCGGAGGUUCGUGUUCGUAGGUCAGAAACACAGACUGUUCAGCUCUCAGCCUGGAGCCGACGGGCCGCCGGGGAGCUCCGGUGGUCACCCCGGUGUCUCUGUAGUCGGCAUCCCGGACCCGAUCACAUGGAUCCGGUGCAAAGUCAUCAUCUAUCUCAUCAAUCUGUACUUUGAGAUAGACAUGAGCUCAGCGGAGUUUGAGAGAGGAGUGAAGCAGGCUUUGAUCCACGUCUCCAACAUGAUGUCCAGUGGCAGAUACCACAAGCUAGUGGGGAUUGUGUCCAAUGAGAUGAUAGAUUAUGUGAAGACAAGAUGCAAGUCUCUCACUGAUGCUCAGAGACAACAUCUAGCUGUCACAAUGGAUGACAUCAUAUUCAUGCUGCCGGAAGACGUGUCGGUCGUCUUUGAUAGAUACGGUAGAAAGUACUGCUUCAUCGUCAUGAGGUUUUGGUUCCUGUCAACAUAUGAAGGCCCUGAUGACCCCGAGGGCACGAAGAUCUUCAAAGUGGCCUCAAGUGAAGAUGGCAGUCCAGAGAAGAAAAUAGUGACAGCAGUCUAUGAAUUUCACCGAGAGCUGACGAGAGGAGCCUCUCCCGACUGGACGGUCACGACUGUUUGGCACUGGCAUUGGAAACAGGCCGAGUGAUUUGACUUGUUGCUGCAAGGCCAUUUGUCAGUCAUCAAAACACAACAGGGGAGAAGUGAUUGGUUGGAUUCACUUAUUCAUAAAAGACUACAGACACCUGCGAGCAGCAGAUUGAAGGGCUGUCUACGAGGAACACAUGAAACAGGACCCAGAGCCAUAAUACUGAUGCUGUGCAGACACCUGAACUUUAUAAAUUAACCUAUGUCAUUAUGGCCUACUACCUCAGACCCUCAGAUGCUUUUAAAGCCCCCCUCCAGUGGUUUUCCAAAGUAUGAAAAAAAUGUGUGAGCAGACCAUUGUAGGAGGUCACAGUGCUAGAACAACUGUGUCUGGUGUUUUCAGCUCAGAUACACUGUAUGACAGAGUGAUGAGGUCACUGGAGGAAGACUUUAAAGUGUCUUUUUCUAAAAAUAGCUGGGUGUGUUGCAAAAAAACCCAAUUCCUCACUCCAGGUCCAUGUCCCAGCUUUUUUCUGCGCUUUUCAACCACAUUGCAUCGUCUUCCUCCGCAAAUGGAGUUUGCUCAGUUGUCAUCAUGUGACCUACAGUAAGUCUGAAACUUUGGUCCCAUGACAGAUGCUGGUAUAUGGUCACUGCCUUACUAUAGAUCAUGACGAUAAUGGAGUCAUCUCCAUGACAACUGAGGAAGUAUCUUAAAGUACUAGAAAAAGCUGAUGGACUAUUUUUUGUUUUGUCAAACCACUGCUUCACAGGUCAAGAAUGAACUCUGUUGAGUUUGUUAAACCAAUAUGUUGUAUCAAUAAAUUGCUUUGAUCAGA